AUGCCCCUCGCCCGCCUCAGCGCCGAGCCACAGCCAAAGCCCGCUACCCCACCACUCGACCCUCGAGUCGCACGCGCACGCUCCACCACCACCCUGCGCGACCCAAAGGCCGACGACUGCUCGAGCGCAGCCAGCGUCGCCUCGUCCUCCUCAGCAGCAGGGCCCCACCGCUCCUCUGCCACCUCGAUCAAGAGCGAGCGCACCGUCAAGACCCCCUACACCAAGUCGCACUCGUCCAAACCGGCCUCCUCGCCCCUGCCUACCAGCAUUUACGCGCGCGACAACUCGGGCCUCGUCUGCUGCGGUACCUGUCUGCGGUUCCUCCCUCCUCGCACCUACACCGCCAACCAGCUCUCGGCCGCCCACCGCGCGUUCACCUCGGCCCGCCGCGACCACCGCGAGCUCAACCUGCGCGAGUUCCCAAGGUGCCUCGAGUGUACGGCGCCUCAAGUCGUCGACCUCAAGUGCCGCGUGUGCGGCUUUGUGCGCCCGGCGAGCUUCUUCUCCGAGGCCAUGAGGUCCAAUACGCACGGCGCGACCCUCGAAGCCGACCCGUUCGACGCCCUCUCGUCCGACGACGACCUCGACUCGGACGCCCUCAGCGACGACCACCUCUCGAGCCGCAGCAGCGUCCGCGGUGGCUCGGCGCGGUCGGGCGCUUUCCGUGCAGGCGGUACGGCAGGGCAGCGAGAUGGCGAGGACAGGACGGGCAGAGUGGACGAGGCGUACGGCGUGCGGGAUGGCGAGGGAGCGCUCGCGGGACGGGCACUCGGGCUUGAGAAGGACGAGGACGAGGAAGACGACGCCAAGCCGAGCGGGUCGCGGCCGGCCGUCGUGUACGAUGACGACGACGACGACGACGAGUGGUGAGCGGCCUGCAGUCGGACGCCUGUUGUUGUCGUCGAGCGAGUGCGGCGAGAGCGGCUCUCGUGGACUUUUGCCUCGCCUCGUCGCCCUCGACGCCCUAUCGUAGAACGACCCUCCUUUCUUCCCCUUUCUCCUGUGCACGCUUUCAUUUCCCCAUCCCUUCACGUCCGCUUCUGUCUUUGCAAGUCGCCCUCGCAUCC